GACAACAAUGGCAGCUUCAGCUAUGAAGAUGAAGAAAUCUUCAUCUUUCACCAAGAGCUCCACACAGUUUCUGCUCUCUGCUCCAAAUAACAAAACAGCAAAGCUUGAGCUGGUGGACUACGAUUCUCUUCCAGAAUUCCUGAAGCACAACGAGUUCAUCGUCAGCCACUACCGCUCUGAAUGGCCACUCAAGCAAACCAUACUCAGCAUCUUCUCUGUUCAUAAUGAGACCCUCAAUAUCUGGACGCAUUUGAUUGGUUUCUUCAUCUUCCUCAUGCUCACCGGCUUUGCUGCUUCGGUCUUCCCGACUGCUAGUAAUGCUUAUCCCCUGUUGCAACUCAAUUCAACAAACACCUUUUAUAUCGACAGAGCACAACGAACGUUAAUAGAAUCAUCAGCUUCUUCCUCUUCGCAGCUGGUAGGAUUCGUGAUCCCCCGUUGGCCGUUCUAUCUCUACCUCGCCGGCGCCAUGUUCUGCCUGCUGAUGAGCAGCGCCUGCCACCUCCUCUCUUGCCACUGCCACAGAACAAGCUACAUCAUGCUCCGCCUAGAUUUCGCCGGAAUAUCCGGCCUGAUAGUGUCUUCCUUCUACCCUCUCGUGUACUACACCUUCACCUGCAACCCCUUCUUCCGCGACCUCUACCUAGCCUCCAUCACUUUCUUCGGCCUCGCUACCGUCAUUAUCUCUCUCACGCCGGUGUUUGAUUCCGCGCAGUUCCGGCCUGUCAGGGCGGUGCUGUUCGCUUGCAUGGCGGCGUCAGGGGUGGUGCCCAUCGCCCACAAGAUGAUGGCUUUCGGACACAGGCCGGAGGCGGUGCUGACGACGGGAUAUGAAGCAGUGAUGGGGAUGUUUUAUGUGGUCGGGGUGGUAAUUUACGUGGCCAGAGUUCCGGAAAGGUGGCUGCCGGGGAAGUUCGAUCUUGCCGGACAAAGCCAUCAACUUUUCCAUGUGUUGGUGGUUGCAGGGGCUUACACGCAGUAUCUAGGGAGUCUGGUGUAUCUUGGCUGGAGAGAGGUCGAAGGAUGCUAGCUAAUUUCAGACCUUUGGCUGUCGAUGUUCCGGUGAGGAGGAAGAAGAAGCAAAAGUUAAUUAUAUUAUAAUCUAUUUUCAAUCAAAAUCGACACUUUUCAUAUUUCCUAUGAGAAGCGACUGAUUCCCAAAAAAAAAAAAAAAAAUUAAAAUUAAAAUCUGUGACUGUUUUCACACUGGGCUUCGUGCAAGUUGCGCUGCAAGUCCGGUAAACAAAUGUAAAAUGUUGAAGAUGGUCCAACUUUCACUUUUUUAUAGUUUUUCUAC